AUGGAGGCACUGCCCGCGCCCCUUGCGAGUGGCGUCGCCUUUCUCUCCGCAGGGGCCCGCGCGGCCGUCGCGCCCAUCCCUGCCGCCGAGCCGCGGAGCCGCUCCGCGUUGCACGGGCGGCGACUCUCGCCCGCCGCGCGGGCUCUCGCACAGAAGCAGGCGCGCUUGCCUGCCGCCGCGCAGUGGGUGGCCAUCGCGGACUCGCUGCGCCGGAUGCCCGUGACCGUGCUGUCGGGGGAGACCGGCUCCGGCAAAUCAACGCAGGUUCCGCAGAUCGCGCUGGACGUCUUGCGCACGAGCAGCAGCGACGACGGCUGGCGCGUCGUGAUCCUCAUGCCGGGCGUGGAUGCGGCGGAGCUCCUCUAUCGCAGGCUGGGCGCGGAGCUGGGCGCCCCGCAGGGCCUGCGCCUGUGCACGGGGCGCGACGGCCCUUCCGGCCCGCCGGACAGUCGCCUGGCCAUCAUGACUUACGGGUCUUUCUUGGCGCAGGAGGAGCUGUGGGCGGAGGUGGGCGUCCUUAUCAUGGACGAGACGCACGAGAGGGAGGCCGUCAUGUCCGAGCUGCAGAUGCUCAUGCGCCCGCUUGCGCUCUCGGGCCAGCUCCGCUUGGUGCUCAUGAGCGCCACGCUGUGCCGCGACCCCAUGGCGACCUUCUUCGGCCCCGACCACGUCUGCUUCCUGGACGUCGAGGGUCGCGAGCACGAGCUGCACCAGUUCGCGCUCGAUCGGAGCCCCGCAGAGGAUGCGGACGACGAGGAGUUGCGCGCGCAGGCCGAGGAGGUCGUGAUUGCGGAGGCGUCACUCGGCUUGGGCGGCAUCCUCUGUUUCUUCGCAGGCCAGCAGCAUAUUGGAAAAACCGCCCGCAACUUGCGGCGCGCGCUGCCGGGCUGGACGGUCCUGGAGAUGUACUCCAGGGCGCCGCCCGCGAUGAAGCGCGAGGUCUACGAUCUGCAGCGCUCCUCCGCGCGCGUGGCUCUCCUGACGACCUCGGCCCUGGGCUCCAGCGUGACCCUCGAGCGUUUCGUCUCGGUGGUUUCCACGUGCCGGCGCAACGCCGCGGCCAGGGGCAGCGGCGGCGUGAGCGCCAUGGAGACGCAGUGGGCCUCGCGCCAGUGCGUCAUCCAGCAGGGGGGGCGCGCGGGGCGCACCCGCCCCGGACGGCACCUGCCCCUCUGCCGAACAGACGAGCUGGCGCCGCGGAGGGAGGCGGGCGUCCACGUCGAGAGCCUCGACAAGCUCGUGCUGCGGCUCAUCGAUCGGCGCCAGUGGGCCGCCGCGCAGGACCUGGUCUGGAUGCCUGGCGAAAGCCCCGAUGCCGAGUCUCUUCGCGACGCCUUCCUCUUGGCCGACGAUGCGGGCUUCGUGGACGACGCCCGCGGGCGCGCGCCGAAGCUGUCGCGCAUGGGAGAGGAAAUACUCCGCCUGCCGCUGGCCCCGCAGAACGCGCACCUCGUCGCCGCGGCGGUAGCGCGGGGCGUGGGCUCUGAGGGCGCCCGCGUCGCCGCGGUGCUCGAGGCCGCGCGCCAGGGUGGCUUCUCGGUGGACCCCGAGCUUGGGCGCACUGAAGCGUUCGCGCGCUUGGCUGCGACAUUCUCCGGCGCGGGGGACCUCGGCGCGCUGCUGGGCGUCGCGGCGGGCUUCGCUGCUCAGGAGAAGUCGCAGCGGGGCACCUUCGCCGAGCAGCUGAACGUGCGCGAGGACGUGCUGCAGCGCUCGGAGGCCACGUUCCAGAAAGUGCUGGCCUUCUACGACCGCGCAGGGCGCCCGCUACGCAACGCCGAGGGUUGUGACAACCUCGGCGUCUUCGCGGCCACCCUCGUCUCCGACCCGCAGAGCGCGCCGAUCGCGCGCGAGGGGCCGGUGCGCGCGCUGGAGCCUGGCGGCGGCCGCCGCGGAGGGCACGACGCCAAGGCCAGCCUUUACUUCCCCGUGCCGCCAGUGCUGCUGGGCCGCUGCGACUUGGGCGACGUGCUGGUGCUCUCUGACUCGCUUCUGCGGCUCGGCGCGCAUGCAUGGUGGCCCAGGGCCCGCCUUUGCCGGGAGCUCCGCGAGCGCGGCGCGCUCACCGUGCACUUCGAGGGCAAGGGCGGCAUGAGGGCCCGGGAGAUGGCGGAUCUCGUGCAGAGAGCCGCGGAAGCGAAAGGAGACUCCUUCGACACCUUUGUUGGUAGCCUCCAGGUCAACGACCUCGCCUGGGUGGACAAAGCUGGCGCGCCGCACGUCUGGUCGGCAUCGCCGGAGUUCGAGCGCACCCGAGGCGCCUGCGCCGCGGACUUGGGCCAGCUGGCUUGCGCGCUGCGAGCCCACUGUCGGCGCGCGACGCUCGUCGUCUCGGAUUGCCUGUACCCGGCGCGCGCGCAGGACCCAGAGAUUCGCGAGAGGUACGAGGCCGCGGCUCGCUUCACGAGAAAAGCGCUCGGCGACGCGGGCAUAUUCGUCGUGACGGGCGAGGAGGAGCUUUGCGCAAUCCCUCUUGCUGGCGACGGCGUCCACUUCGAGCGGAGCGCCGCGGUCGCGCUGGCGAGGGCGUGCGCCGGUUGGGCAGCCGCCGCCCAGGCGCCGUUGCCCCCCCCCUUGCAGGAAGGGGCGGAGGAGCCGCCGCCGCCGACGCAUGAGGUCCCCGAGAGCCCGACGCCGCCGGCCGCCUGGUUGCUGGAGCUCGCCGACGCCCGUGCUGGCCGCGGGGUCGCCGUGGCCUCCGCCGCCGCCAGCCGCGGCCAGCUCGGCGCGGGGGUCGGCCGCGCCGGCUGCGGGGUCGCCGUGGCCUCCGCCGCCGCCAGCCGCAGCCGGCUCGGCGUGGGGGUCGCCCGCGCUGGCUGCAGGGUCGCCGUGGCAUCCGCCGCCGCCAGCCGCGACCGGCUCGGCGUGGGGGUCGCCCGCGCUCGCUGCGGAGUCGCCGUGGCCUCCGCCGCCGCCAGCCGCGGCCGGUUCGGCGCGGGGGUCGCCCGCGCCGGCUGCAGGGUCGCCGUGGCCUCCGCCAUCGCCAGCCGCGGCCGGCUCGGCGUGGGGGUCGCCCGCGCCGGCUGCAGCGUCACCGUGGCCUCCGCCGCCACCUGCCGCGGCCGGCUCGGCGUGGGGGUCGCCCGCGCCGGCUGCAGGGUCACCGUGGCAUAUGUCGCAACCAGCCGCGACCGGCUCGGCGUGGGGGUCGACGUCACUGGCAGCCUGCGCUUGGACCUUUACGCGCACGCGCCAGCGAUUGGCACUCCAGGCGUGGAGCUGCGCAUCUGG